UUUUGCUGGUUUGGCGCUGUUUCAUGUGUUUUUGUCGGUUUUUGUCCCGUGACGCUAAUGUGCUACAUGCUAGCUCCAUAAUGCAGCAUAAUGUAGCAUACACUGAAAACAUGAUACAAUUUGUAUAGAAUAAACUACCGUUUAAUGGUCAGAGGCUCGUUCAACACGACGUUUUAACCAAACGUGCACCAUGGAGAAGCAUUUCCACCUGAACACACCGCUGCUGGAGAGCGUCAGCAUGUCCAAACACGUUGGAACCAUUGUGUACCUGAAGAUGGAGAACUCUCAGCCCUCUGGCUCCUUCAAGAUCCGUGGCAUCGGACACCUCUGCCAGCAGCUCGCCAGACAGUCGAAAGGAGUUGUCUGCUCUUCAGGUGGUAAUGCAGGUAUGGCUGCCGCAUACGUAGCCAGAAAAAUGGGUGUACCAGCCACCAUCAUAGUUCCUUCCUCGUCUCCUCAGCUGGUCGUUCAGAGACUCCAGGAUCAGGGUGCUACGGUCAAGAUGAUAGGCAGGGUUUGGGAUGAUGCCAAUGCAGAGGCUCUGAGACUGGCAGAAACAGAAGGACUCACCUAUGUUCCUCCAUUCGAUCACCCCCUGCUCUGGCAGGGCCAUGCCACCAUGAUCUCAGAGGUUGCAGCCUCUCUGGGUCCCGGUGUGAAGCCUGGAGCUGUGCUGGUGGCCGUGGGUGGAGGGGGGCUCCUUUGUGGCGUCAUCCAGGGCCUGAAGGACGUAGGCUGGACAGAUGUACCCAUCGUCGCCAUGGAGACAGUGGGGGCAGAUUGUUUCAACGCUGCGGUUAAGGCAGGGAGGGUGGUCACCCUGGAUGACAUCACCAGUGAGGCUAAAUGUCUCGGAGCAAAGACAGUCUGUAAGAAAGCUUUUGAAUACAGCCAGUGCAGCGAGCUUACAAUCAUUUCUGAACUUGUGACUGACCAGCAGGCUCUGCAUGCUGUGGAAACAUUCCUGGAUGAGGAGCGUGUGCUGGUGGAGAUGGCAUGCGGAGCAGCUCUCGCAGCUGUCUACAGCAGGCUCAUACACAGAUUACAGGAUGAAGGUCGGCUGCCAACUCAGCUGGGCCCCCUGCUGGUGAUUGUGUGUGGUGGCAGCAGUGUCGACAUGGAGCAACUGGCCUACCUCAAACACAAACUGCACACUUAAAGUACUGUAUGUGUAUAAAUGUGUCUUUAUGAGUGCAUAGCAAUAAAUGUGUGUCUUUGUGACAGGCCAACAGAGGGCUACAACACCUAGAAGAACUGAAUGGAUGAAUGCAUAAAACAUACAAGCACUACAGAAACAUCUCAUUUCUAGAGGCAAAGUUGUUUGCAAUGUUGGUGAUUAAGGAUAAAGUGAUUCCCCUGGUACAGCACUGUCAUUUUUAAGUUGCAGAACAUAUAAUACAAAAAACAAUAAACACAAAUUUUUUCAC